AUGUCGCGCAAGCUCCAGAACAAGGUAUCUCAGAAGCUUGGGGUUAUAGUACAACAAGGGUGGGGAAUGACCGAGGUAACUUCGGCUGCUAUGCAUGUUCCUAGUGAGAUACAAGUGACAUCGCCAUUGCGCGCGGGGAUGGGUUUUGGAUCGUCGAUCGCAAAGGAACUCAUUAAGAUCAACGCCCUGCAAGUUGCACCGGCUGAGCUGGAGGCCGCGUUGCUAGAACAUGAUGACAUCGCCGAUGCGGCUGUCGUUGGACAAUCUAUCGCAAAAGGCGUGGAUGCGUGUAGGAUAGGCAUGUCGAGGCCUCUCCCUCAUGCGAUGCGGCGUACUGCCACUAUCUUGCCUUGCUUCCGGGGCGCCCCCCGAUACUCGACAAGAGCCUGCGGAAACACAGGCAGAACCUCCCGCAUAACGAUUUACUCGUUAUCCUCUGCUCCAACCCCUACAAUGUUGACAACAGUGUCUCUUCGAUCGUGUCGCCAAACAAGAGAUUUCUCGUCCACAUCACAAACUGAACUGCCAAAGGCAGAUGACUACAUCCAAGAACUCCAAGAUUUGUCACUCGAAAUCGCCGCUGAAUCUACAGCUGCCGAGACCAUCUAUGCCGUCUCCGAUCGUAUUUCCCUGCGCGAAGCUUUUGACGACCUCGACCAUGCGUACUCGGCUUACAUAGGCACUACACCGCAUCCAUCACGUCUUGAGCGACCUGCCAACGCGGGACUGACAGGAAAGGAAGAUGGGGCAAAAGUGUUUGGGGAGGGAGGGGAGGGAGGGGAGGGAGACGGAGAACGGCCGAAUGGUAGAAGUAUGAAUUUUAACCCGGAAGAGGUCCGGGAUGACGUUCGGGAGGAGAUUAAGAAGAGGAUUGGGCAGAGGAUUAGGGAGCUGAGGAACGCGCAACUCCUCUGA